AUGGCUCCAACAAUCGUUCUCAUUAGUGGUGCAAACAGAGGUUUAGGAAAAGGUCUUCUAGCCCAAUACAUCAGCAAAUCUGAUCACAUUGUCAUUGCUGCCAAUCGGGACCCUUCGCAUCCAACAUCGAAAGCUCUCUCCAAGCUGCCUACUGGUGUUAAUUCCAAACUUGUCGUCAUCAAAACCGACGGUUCCUCCCCCACCUCUGCGCAAACUGCCAUUGACACGCUCCCCUCCCUCGGAAUAAACCAUCUAGACCUCGUCAUCGCCAACGCUGGCGUAUCUUACGCGUGGCCCUCUGUUAUCGAUCUAAAAAUUGAAGAUCUGGAAGGCCAUUUCAUUCCAAAUGUUUAUGGAGCUGGAUCCGAAAUGGGUUACUAUUGGGAGCACGGCGGGGAUGAUUACUACCACAUGAAACAACCACUAAGCUCUCACCUAGAACCAACUACCCAUCCAAACGGCGCCCACGGCCCCUCCAAAGCCGCCAUCCAUUGGCUCACCAAACGCAUGAACGUCGAGAACCCCCCUUUGAACGCCUUCGUUCUCGAUCCCGGCUGGUGCCAAACCGAGCUCGGUAACGCUGGUGCUGUCUAUUUUGGAAUGGAUCAAGCAGCUGUUUAG